AAUAGUAAGGUAUUUACUGUAUACUGUACAUGUAUAUAUGCUUAUACAUCUCAAGCUAAAAAUAGUUUUCUAAUGCAUUCACACUCUUCCACCCACAGGUUCCAAGUACAUCUAAAGCGUAAAUGUAAAAUUUCAUUUGUAUAUUGUAAAAUCAAUAUUUUUUGCAGAGAUUUGAACUUUGUUGAAUUGCCAAAGGCAAGAAAGAGCAGUUUGAAAUCAAAAGAGUGGAAAGCAGGAUUGUAUCCGGUGGAAAUCCUGUCCAGUCCAGAAGAUGGUUAUGUCAAAGUUCAUUUUACAGGAUGGAGUGCAAAGUAUGACACUAUCAUCAAAGAGGCAGAACUUGAGACUAAUGAAUGUGAGGGGACACAGUCAAUUGUGAAUGUGGGUUCAAUGAUCAAGGACAGUCUGACAACAGGUUCAAGACUGGACAGCAUUGUAAGGCUAAAAACUCCUAUGGAUGAAAGGGAUUUUUCUUGUCUUCAAGAAAAGCUACACAUGUUUAAAAAAACAGAAACAAAAACUGUGUACAGCUUAAGGUCACGCUUCGACUUGAACUCUAUUUUUGGGAAACAUUGGGAUUUUAGGAUACUUAAUAAGGAAGGAGAUUGUGUUUAUAUUAAAACAGCAACAGUUAAGAUUUAUCAUAAAUCUCUAAGAGAAUCCAAAGAAUUUGUUGUCCGAAAGACUGGUGGUCAGCUCAGGAUUGAAGAAUCAUUUCGGCCAAGGGGCAAACAAGUCAUAGUCAGUUUUGUGAAGUGCACUGGCAACUACAGAAUGUUACCAAAUUUGAUGGAUGACCCUCUCUUGUAAUGCCAAAGUUAACAUUUAAAAAAUGAUCAUCAUUUCUAGAGAAGAACUUUUUAAUAUACUAUUGAAAAACUAUUGGAAUAAACCAUUAAAUAUACCAACUGUUAAAGAAAUAUCAACAGCUAUUGAAAGCAUCUGUACAUUGAAAUUUCUCCCAGAUGAACAUAGUUUGAAAUGUUUACGUGCUGAACUUUUUAGGCUUAAACAAAAUGGUUUACAAGCAAAAGUGAAGGGUGGGUCACAAUUUAGAAAGUUUAAAGAACAAUUAAAACAUUCCAAAUAUAGUUGGGACGUCAAAGUUGAUAGAGAAGAAACUCAGUUUUUAGUUGAUAAAAUAAAGGCUGAUACUGAAAAAGAUCUAAGGGAUAAAGAAAAAGAAAACAAAGAGUUGAGGGAAAAGUUAUGUAAUUUAAGUGCAGUAAUUGGUACUCCUGAAGUGAAACCUAUAAAGCGGAAAGCAUUUGCUGAUUGCACACCUAGUUGGCAGUCCAAAAUUAGGAAAAAAGAUGAAGAACAUUGUAAAA